AUGGGGGGGAAGGCUUCAAACUGUGAUCCCAGACCCCUGCGGUUCUUUGAUGCAUUGCUGAGUGUGCAAGUGCUUCUAAACCACCGUGUUUCUUUUCUAGUGGAACUCACAGAAAACCUCGGCCUCCCCGUGACAUUGCUUGAAAACCACACCCCCUGGCCAGCCUAUGUCACGUACACCUCUCCGGUAGUAAGGCGCCUCAUUGACAAAAGCAGAGCCCGGGACCUGGAGUGCAUUCAUUCUUACGAGGAGACCCGCAAAACCUCAAGGCUGAGCAAACCUAGUUUCAUGCAUCUGAAAAGGGAGAAGUCAUCCAAGUCCUCAGAGCUCGUGCUCAAGGAUGUCCUGUCAGAGUCCAGGCAGUCCACGUGGGAACCUUGCUCUGUCACGAACAUGAGUUCCACACUCCUUCCAGAACCUACACAAUCACAGCUGGAAGCCAGAGAGGGUCCCACGUCCAGCUACAACAAGAUCAUCUUCUCCAGGAGGCCUGCGAUGAGGAAGCUCCACUAUGGCUUACUACAGGCCAGCAAGGAGCCGCAUGCCAACACUUAG